UCUCAUCCAGGUACAAAAGUGAAAAGAUUUACACUGAACGAAACAUCUAAAACAGAACUCAGCAUAUUGUCAGUUUCACCACGUUGCAAAUUUACUAAUGAAGGAUAGUGCCGAUUCUCCAACCACUAUGCACAAAUCAAGAAACCUCAGCGAAAAGAAGCGUAGAGACCAGUUCAACAUGCUUAUCAAUGAACUGUGCUCAAUGGUUACUUCCACUAGUCGUAAGAUGGAUAAGUCAUCUGUCUUACGAGCCACUAUAUCAUUUCUCAAAAAUCAUAGUGAGCUAUCAGUGCAAUCACAAAGUGUGGAGGUAGAAGAAAACUGGAAGCCUUCUUUUUUAUCUAACGAAGAAUUUACACAUCUAAUGCUUGAGGCUUUAGAUGGAUUUAUCAUUGUGUUUUCAUGCAAUGGACAAAUUUUAUACACAUCAGAAAGCACAGCAUCACUUUUAGGGUACUUACCAAGCCGUUUUUACUCUUCUGUUUUUGAUUUCAUUCAUGAAGUAGAUAAAUCAUCACUGUAUAAAUUAAUCAGCAAUGCUCCUAGUACUUCAAACAACUCUCUAUCAAAAGAUUCCUUUGUUUCAAUUCUUCUCCAUAUGAAAAGAGGACCAAUCCAUUCACAAAGUAAUUGUUCAUAUGAGUUAGUUAAUUUAAUUGGAACAUUCUUCCACUGGCCAUCAUCUUUUGAAGGUUCAAGUCAGAUUAGCUUCGACUGUGAUAGCAACAGUUGCAGCAGCAUUUGUUCACCAUUAGCAUCAUCAGCGGUUGAAUGGCGAUCAUGUUUUGUCGCCAUUGGUCGCCUCCAAACACCUCAUCUCUUAAGAGUUGUUAAUUUAUCAGAUGAAUCAAAAAAAGAAUUUACUUCACGCCAUAGUCUAGAAUGGAAGUUUCUGUUUUUAGACCACAGGGCUCCACCAAUAAUCGGUUACUUACCUUUUGAAGUUUUGGGAACAUCUGGGUAUGACUAUUAUCAUGUUGAUGAUCUUGAUAACAUUGCUGCCUCACAUGAGCUUUUGAUGCAAACAGGAGAAGGGACUUCCUGUUUCUACCGCUUCCUAACGAAAGGGCAGCAAUGGAUUUGGCUCCAGACCCGAUACUACAUAUCAUAUCACCAGUGGAACUCUAAACCAGAAUUCAUUGUUUGUACUCAUACAGUUAUCAGUGGAGAGAAAGUUCUGAAAAGUCAUCAGGAUGUUCCAAAAAAAUUUCCGAAAAGACCAAGUAGCGUAACUCAGAUGAAUACUCCACCCAGCCAAAGUGCCUGCAUGUCUCCCUCGCCUUCUGCCAGCUCUCUUGGCAGCUUAUCCUCAGAACAUUCUGAACAAUGUUCCAGUAAAGCUACAUCUUCAAAUAUGCAUAUGAAUUCAGUAUUAUAUUCAAAUCAAAGAAGCAAAGAGAAAUCCUAUUCUACUUUGAACCAAGUUCCUCCUCUAGUGAUGACAGAAACGUUUUUGGAGCCCCACCCGCACUUGGCAGCAGUCCAGUCAAGUCCUCAGAUGGGCAACGAUAUGAGCUUUAUUUCUUCUCCUAAUGCAUCGCCCAUCUCCCCCCAGACUACACUCGAGCCUACAAGUCAUGUAUUACUCUCAAGGGGACAACAGAUGCCACAGGUGGCCAACUCGAAUAUGCCUGCAACACAAUUUCAGAAGGAUCAGAGCCCUCAAUCCGUCAAUCCAAACCAAGUGCAGCAUAUGUUGCUUCUGAGGCAACGCCAGCAACAGAUCCAGCGACAAAUAAUGAUGCAGCAAGAAGAACUGAGAAUGGUGUCUGAGCAGCUUCAGAAUUUCUCACAAUUUGUGCCGCCUGGAGCUUCUGUGAGCACUCGAGACAUUCCUUACCAAACCUCAGAAUCAUCCACAUCUAAUUAUGUUAAUUCGUACGUCAUGACUCAACCACAAUUGCAAGUCUUAGUCCCAACAUCUGCUGAAAGUAUGAUGAAAUCUGUGGAUAGCUUCCCAAAAUCUGCACAGUCAUCCAUUACAUCCAGGACUUACAUGAAUCUCGAGCCUGAUAUGUGCACUGUUGGAACCUCUGAGAGAAUUUCCUAUCUUCCUUCGGAUCAAAACAGUGAAAUGAUUGCUCAAGCAUAUCAAAUGCCACACAACAUGCCACCUAAUACGUGAUUUGUUCUUAUACUCUGAGCUCUUCUUCGGACAGUUGUUGAUGGUGUACAGCUUGCGUGGAAAGCUUUUGUCUGUAUAUAUUUCAUUUUCUCUUCCCCCCCCCCUCCCCAAAUCUAGUCUUCGAAAUGGAGCUAAUGGAAAGGUUUUUGCAAAGUUGUGAAACAAUCAUUCUACAUGGUUCUCAAAUGAAGUUGUAUCAUAAAACUUUUGGGCAUAGUAAUUUAUUUACAUAUUUUUUUCAUCAUAUUGCAUCAAAUAUGGAAUCUUCAGAAUAUUAUGAAUGCAAAUUUGAAGGUUGCAUGCUUAUCCGUUCAUUCCAUUUUUCGCUGUGUGUAUCAU